ACUGACCUGCUGAGAGAGAACACACACUCACGCACAGUCUUCACUGGAUUUACCCAGCUUUGCGAAAAGGUUGUUUACAUUUCUGGAACACAAAGGAUAACAUUAGAUGAUAUAAGUUUUUCCACCCAAACAACAGGACUUUUGCUGGAUUUUGAUUUAUUUUGUUGGAUAUCUCCAUCAUCCAACCAUGAGGGGACAUUUCUCCAUCGAGUGGCUUGCCCAAAGUAGCCAGGCAUUAGGAAGCACAAGACCCUCGCCUCUCCCCUCUUCCUGGACCUCUGUUGGACCCAACAGCACCUCUGUGACCCAACCUGAGAGCCUGCCUGGGUUCUACUGCCGCCCGAAACCCGAGAAUCAGGAGAACCAGGCAAGGAGAGGACAGGGGCUCAACCCAUGCAGCUAUCCCUGCCUGGCAGGCCCUGAGAUAGGUACACAUACCAAGAGGAUUAGCCCCCUCCACCACAACCACCAAGAAGUGGCUGAGACUGGCUUCAUCAGGAGAACAGAGGAGGAAACGUCAGGGUACGAGAGCGAAGGCGGGCAAUCCCUCUCCCCCACCACCCUCCCGGACAGCACCUUCACCUCUCCCUCCUUGUCUCCCAUCUCUCUCUCUCUUCCUACAGGGAGGCGGCCACGUACAGCCUACACAGCGGAGCAGAUCAACAGUUUAGAGAUGGCCUUCAAGAGGAACGCCUACCUGGGCACUCAGGACAAGGCCGAGCUCUGCAAGAGACUCAACCUUACAGACAAACAGAUCCGUAACUGGUUCCAGAACAGGCGUAUGAGGAUAAAGAGGAUGUUCCAGGAUGCUCUGGCCCAAGCCUGCCAAGCUAAAGUAACCUCUCACCUGCUGCACUACACCGAGCUACAGGCCUACCGCCCUGGCCCCAACCCCACCUACCAUCCCCAUCACGCAGGAGCCGAGGGGGGCGCUUCCACCCCAUACCUCCACCCCCACUACAGCUCCUCCAUGGCCAGUUCAACACUGCCCAGCCUCCCUGCCACUCCCAUGGACUCUUUAUACCAAUACGCCAGCCUCCCCGGCCUGGUGAUGCCCACUACCGGGUCUAACCCACUGAUGGGGGCCUACCAGCCUCACUCUCACCUGUGUUAGAACUUUUGGAUGAAAUAGGGUGGUUCUCAAUAGUCUGAAGUGAUUUUAAGGAAGUGAGAUGAGGGUAGAAGCUACUUUAGACUAUUGAGAUGUAUUCCACUACCUCUUCACCAGCUUCUAUACUAUUCUAAUGUAUUGACAACUUAAAAAGCUACUUAAAGGAGUGGUGAAAUUGUUACGUUUUCCACUCAGGGUAGAGUGCAAUAAUGAAUGUGUUCCUGCUUUCUUUUGUAUUGUCAUACUGUAAGUUCUAUUCAAGUAUAUUCACUUUUAAUUAAUCUAUGUGGUUGCUGUAUGUGUUCUAAAGAAGUGAGAAAUAUCCUGUUUUUUUGUUCUUCAAUUGCAUUAUAAUCAAGAUAAUCUCUGUUCCUCCACUUGAUUUAUAUAUUUGGAAGUAUCGUGAAAAAUAAAA